AUUAAUUCUAUCUGUAACCAAUUUUUGAAGACUCAAAACGACGGCGUUUUUAGAUUCUGAAGCAGAACGAGAACGGUGUCGUUUAAAGUCGACUGCUGGCUUUCAAUUAGCCUCGAAAAGUUCACUUUGUGUUGGUUUUGUUAAUUGCGCCAAAAACCCACAAAAAAUCGAAAACCGCCUUCUUUCUGCAAUGGAAAUUGAAGCUUUGUAUAUGUUGAAUUGAUCAUCAACCCAGCUCAGUUUCAAUGGAUUGAACUUGGAUUUCUUGUUUUAUGUUAUGUAUGGAGAAAGAGUUGUCCACUUAUGAUAAAGUGGUAUUUUUCUUUAGUGAUAGUGAAUUUGGAUGAGGAAACUGGAACAACUGAACCACAAGCUGAAAGGGUUUUGAAUUUCCAUGAAGAACGUUCAGCUUUAGAACCAUGUAUUGUGAAUUUGGAUCAGGAAACUGGAACAACUGAGCCUCAAACUGGAAGGGUUUUGGAUGCCCAUGAAGAAGGUUCAGCUUUAGGACCAUGUAUUGUGAAUUUUGAUGAGGAAACUGUAACAAUUGAACCUCAAGCUGAAAGGAUUUUGAAUGCCCAGGAAGAAGGCUCAGCUUUAGAACCUUGUAUUGGUAUGGAGUUUGAAUCUGAAGAGGCUGCCAAAAAGUUUUAUGAUGAAUAUUCGAGACGUGUAGGAUUUAUUGUGCGUAUUGGCACGUGCCGUCGAUCAGUGGUUGAUAAGAGCAUUAUUUCUCGCCAACUAUCGUGCAAUAAGCAAGGUUUUUCAGCCAAAACUGCAGAUAAAGUUGGCCAUGUUCGAAAACAUCGACCGAGGGCGAAGUCAAGAGAAGGUUGCAAAGCAAUGAUACGGGUGAAAGCUACUAAGUCUGGAAAAUGGGUUGUCACAAGCUUUGAGAAGGACCAUACUCAUCCGCUUAUUGUUCCUGAUAGACGACCUAUUGAUUCAGUAGAUAGAAGGAUUGAGGAUCUCACAAUGGAACUUAAGCAUCAAGAUCAUCUAUGUGAAUUAUAUCGCGGGCUACUGCUUACAUUUUUGAAGGAUAUCGAUGAGCAGACAGAAACACUAUCAACUAAAAUAGGACUUGUUGUUAACAACAUUAGAGAGGUUGAAUCUGGACUUAAGAAGCCUCCACAAAAAAGAUAACCUGUGUCAUUUCUUACUCAUUGUAUGAGGUUUUGGUCAACACUCAUCUGUUGAAAAUUUCAGUUUAAUCUGUAUGAAUGGUGACAAAACAAGUUUGAGAAUUGAGCUUGGCUGUUUUAAUCCUCUAAGCCAUUCUCAGAAAUGUAUUUGAUUGAAAUGAUGUAAAGAAAAGUUUGUUCUAGCAACUCGAACAGACAAUAUACAUAUAUUUGCUUUAGGUUAUGUUACGGAUUUAUUAUAACUUUAGUAA